AUGGUGGGCAGAUUUGGUGUGGUGGCUGCAACGGGUGUCUCCGGGACGACUGGUGGUUAUAACGGUCACUGGCCGCGCGCCACACUGGGCCUUCGUCAUGCGCGCACGCUCUUCGCCGAAUUGGGUUCUGCCUUCGCGCCCUAUCUGGCGCAACAGACGGCGUGGACAUGGGCCUUCGUCAAAGGUGGUCACACCAUCUACGAAUCACUUUUGAAAGGGAACCGAAAUACUGAGGUUAUACUUCUUUUUCAGAUCACACUGGCUUUUCGAGAUGUUAACGACAGUAUCUAUGCUGAAGGCACUAUAAGCCUAUCGGCAGAGCCUUUGCCUACAAUAAAAACCGUCACAGACAAAGAACGCUGGCACUACUGCCACCUGCACGCUGCCAUGGGCGGACUUUGCGACGAGCACACUCCGGACCCGCUGCCGCCGCCCCCGCCGCCUACCCUCCCGCGCCAAUCCGCCCUCGCCCAUGUGCCCGUCGUGGUCACAGCCGGGGCCCGGCACCAGUACCUCUACCACACCCUCAAUGCCCUCCUCACUGCCCCAGGGGCACAACGUAACAACGUCCUCGUCGUGCUUGGGGACGCACCACAGCCUACCACGCAACUGCUACGUCUCAUCAACGUCAACUUCACCAAAGUUCCUGUUCACGGGGAAGGCAACCUCAAGCUCUUCCGUUACUACCGUAGCGUCUUCCAACUGGUGGCUCGCACCUUUCCCGACGCCCCUGCAGUCAUUUUCCUGGACGAGGACGUCGAGGUCUCCCCAGACUUCUUCUCCUACAUGAGCCAGACUCUGUGGCUGCUCCGCGAGGACCCCACACUCUACUGCAUCAACACCUACUCCUUCCUGCUAACCACAGACAAUGGUCGUAGUGCGAGCCUUGUUAGAAGGGGCGAAACUCAAGUCAUGUGGGGAUAUGCGGUCACGACAAACUUCAUAAACGAAUCAUUACACAUGUGGCCCGAGUCUGGCGAAAAUGAGGAUAUUCUGACGUACGAUUACUGGUUAUAUGAAUACGCGAGGAGGAAUAGGGAAUGCAUUUACCCAGAAAUUAGCCGCAUCCGACAUUUCGGUCUAGGCACCAACACGAAUCCCCUGCAACAUGAGUAUGACGCCUGGCGAAGGCCUUUCCUUACAGCAUCGGGCGUUGUCUUGUUCAACACAAAUGAAAUAUCAAAUCCAGGUUUCGAACGCAAAUUCUCACAAAAAAUAAAAAAUGCUCGAGUCUUAGGCAAAACCAACCCGUGUGGGCCUGGUUUUCCUCCGCUUAGUGGGAAGGUUAAUACUCACUACGUGAUGUUCUUUGCAAUGGAAUACAAAGAGGAUAUCAGCAGUUGGAACCUGAUUGGUUCCUGUGCAGGACUUCCUUAUACAUCUGAACAGAGCCAUCAUGACGGUGUUUUUUGGGCAGCGUAUCAUCCUGCUUCGCAAACUCAAGGCUACCUUGAUAACACACAUGGACUUAAUUACUUUACGCCAACAAGACAAGACUCCCAUUCCCAAAAGCACCAGAUCACAGUGUUCUUCAUUGGUGUUCCUUUCUCUAAAUAUUCCUUUCUUAAACCAGAGGAAGCUUUUUUGUUCAACGGAACGGCGAUGAACCAUUCAAAAAUACAGUAUUUCAGAGCCAAGCAGUUACAACCACCAGAAAUACUUAUGAUCAAUUCAACAUAUUUUACUUUUGAAAGAUUAAUAUCAUCGUUCUUUAUACGGUAG